CUACUAUUUGGCCCCUAACAACGACAGAUCCUUGGGGUCUUUCGAGCCCAGAUUCAGAGAGAGAGUGAUACUGAAGAUCGAUGAACUCCAAAACAAUGGCGACGGUCGCGGAAUCAUCGGAAGCCAUGCCAACUCCACCAUCCAGCGACUACUCUAUAGGCAGCACCAUCACGAAAAACCUAGGUGAAACGAUGCCGUGGGUCGAACACGCAGUCCAACAAGCCCAGCUAUACCAGAAGGCCGUCGAAGAGGCCAUCGAUUCCGCUGUGGAAGCCUCUAAGUCCCGCCUCUCCGAAAUACGGUCCACUUCCACCGCCCAUUUACACCAGACCAUCGAUUCUUUGCAAGAUCUGAAGUCUGAGUAUGCUUCUUACGAGGAAGUGUUUUUUGGAAAGAUUAAAGAGGGUGUCGUCAUUGCAGCUUCACAUCCUGUUAUUACGAGUGGGGUUGCCGCUGGCGCUGGCUUAGGUUUAAUGGUACUGCAAAGGCCAUGGCAUUCUUUGUACUAUGGAGCACGCUAUAAGGCUAUGCGCCUUUUUCUGAGUCAAGAGGCCAUACUUUCCAGAGCUGAUACUCGAGUAAAGGAUUUGCAGAAAUCAAUUGAUAGUCUGAAAGCUGAAAGUGAAACAUUGGAGAAGAUGGCGGUAGAUGGAGAAGAGGUACUGAAACGUGGAAUAACAAAACUCAGACAAGCAGGAAAGCAGAUUCAGAGUGUGAUCCGCUCGGCUCAUAAGAUUGAAAGACAAGCUGGAGGAUUAAAAGAUAUUCUUGGAGAACUUCCUAGAAGAGAAGCAUCUUUGUUCCGGUCACAGGUUUCUAAUCUUGCAUCCGAGGCAAAGCGAGAGAGGAAAGCUUUGACGAAGCAGGUCUCAAAAAUAAGUGAUUAUGGAAUCUCGGUUUGAGAAUUCUACAGCUGCCAUUCUCUUGUUGCAUGCAUUUUACAGAUGGAAUAACCUUUAUGUAACCUGAGAGAGAGGGGAGAUAUAUUCAGUCAGAAAUAAAUUCAAUCCUUGGAACGUUAUUUUUUUCUUUCAUUUUGUGUUUUGCGAAAGGGAAGGUAUUUUUGUUUACAAUCUCGAGUCCCCCACAUACGGUUUUUUGAAGAGGAGAUGCGUGCCCCACAUUCGGAUUACAUUAUAAAAGAGUUGUACACAGUUCUGCUGCAGGCAUAUCACAACGGCCAACAACAGAGCUCCAAAAUUCAAUCAAUGUUUUUGAUAUAAGUAUUCUUAUUGAUUGUUUCCUA